AUGAAAAUCAUCACCAUGCCAGUCAUUCAACACUCCAGUCCACACCUUUGUGACAGAAACUGUAACCUCCACGACCAGACUGACUUCUCUACCACCAAAGGGAACCAGUGGAUCAACUCACAGGAAUAUGUCCAGCAGUGCUGGAGGGCUGGGCUUGGAGAAGAAUGUCUUAACCCAGAACAGCAGUGGAACUUAUUUCUCUUCAUGGGGGCUGUACAUAGACGGAGAUGGGUAUGGAAGCGGAGGAGGGGGAGGAGGGGAGGAGGAGGAGGAGGAGGCGGCGGCAGAGGCGGCAGCAGUUAUCUCGUGAGCUCGGUGUCAAAGGUCAGGUCCAGCUCGUCGGGUGGUGCCAGGAGAGCGCAGACUGCUGGCUCAUCAGGAGGCCUGUCGCCAGCUUUCCGGGAGAGGAAGACCAUAUCCAGCCGCUCAGGAGGUUAUGAUGGAAGUUCGAGUGGUAAUUCCUCUCCAGAGUUUACACGCAAAGAUUAUGGAAUCUAUUGCUCCAACACCACAAGGGGGAGGAGCGAAAGCAGAGAGAGUGAGAUCAGAGCCAGAUUACAAAGUGCCUCUCCCACCGCCGGCAGAUGGACGGAGCUGGAUGACGUGAAGAAGCUGCUGAAGGGACGCUCCUGCAGCGUCAGCCCCACUCGCUCCUCCAACGCCUCCAUCACUCUGCCUGUUCCUAAAAAGACCAGCGUUAAAACCCAGACCAUCACCUCUGUGACCUCUCAGUCGGGUUCAACUUCAUUUGGCUCUGGUGUGAGAUCAGGCGGGUUCCACACCAUUGAUACAUCAGGCCUGUAUGAUACCGGUCUGACAUCUGGGCAGUUUGACACUGGUGUCAAAUCAGGCCAGUAUGAUAUCUCUCUGAAAUCAGGCCAGUAUGAUACUGGUGUCAAGUCAGCCCAGUUUGAUACUGGUGUCAAAUCAGGCCAAUAUGAUAUCACUCUGAAAUCAGGCCAAUAUGAUACUGGUGUCAGAUCAGCCCAGUAUGAUACCAGUGUGAGAUCAGGCCAGUAUGAUACCAGUGUGAGAUCAGGCCAGUAUGAUACCAGUGUGAGAUCAGGCCAGUAUGAUACCAGUGUGAGAUCAGGCCAGUAUGAUACCAGUGUGAGAUCAGGCCAGUAUGACACGCUGGACGCUACACUUCCUACUUUCUCUUGGUCCACCUCCACGCUGCCCUCCCCCUCCACCACAGUUAUCGCGGGCAACACCAGCGGAUACACAUACCACGCCGGCACCAACAACAUGGCGGGAGGAUCGUCGCCGCUCAGCCUCACCUCACCCUCGUCCCUGUCAGUUUACGGCUUUCAGAAUAAUCUGGCUCCCACCUCUCCCAGUGUGCUCACCACCAGUGGAGGCAACGUAAAUGCUCACCUAGGAGGUUAUGGCGUUCAGAAGAAUUUGUCAACUGGUGGUGGUUUCAUCAGCAGCAGCACUGGAGUCUCUACAACCACUAGAUCCCAAACUGACGAUUCACUUAAGAAAGACUAUAAGUACCUGAUCUCUGAAAAGGAGAACACUCCAGCCAAGAGGGAAGCAGAAAUGCUGAUUUUGGCUAAAGACAGCGGGAAGCAGUUCACCAGCAGCAGCAGCAUGCAGAUGGGAGGAGGGUCGCUGUCAGGAGAUUCAAUAAAGAAAGAGAAGCUUAUUUCAAGUUACAGUGAGAAUGCGCAACUGAAGACAGAGACAGGCAACUCUUACUACGGCUCAUCUGGAGUGGUAAUGAAGGACAAAGCCACCUAUGCAGAGAUUCACAGAGACAGCGGCAUCUUUGGAGGUGGAGGACUGUGCUGCUGCUCCGACUCGUGUUGCUCCUGGUGGAAAUGGCUGCUGGGACUUCUCCUCCUCUCCCUGCUCCUGCUGGGACUCCUGUUUGGGCUCAUUGCACUCGCUGAGGACGUGAGAAAGCUGAAGAAUCGAGUGGCUACGCUGGAGGCCGAGUCCUCGGUGAUUUCUGCCCAAACUAGCCGGCUGUCAGGUAACAAUGACAUCAACAUCUUUGGGACGGCUGGAGGGGCGGCUGGAGGGACGGCUGGAAGGGCGGCUGGAGGGACGGCUGGAGGGGCGGCUGGAGGGACGGCUGGAGGGGCGGCUGGAGGGACGGCUGGAGCUGGAGGUGGAGGCUCUAGUUCCAAAACACGAAUGGUGAUUGCAGUUGGUGCUGACGGCUCCACCAGCGGAAAUGGCAUUGAUGUCAUUGGAGGUGGUUCUGCUGGCACCAGUGGGGCCACCGGGGAAGUUGCUGGAGGUGUUGGAGGUGCCAGUACCAGUACUGGCCUUGGAACCGGUUUGAGCGGAGGAUACGUAAACGUUGCCGAUCUUCAGAUAACCAUCGAGAAGAUGUUAAGAACUCAAAUGGAAUCACAGUCAUACAGAGCUUUUCUAGCAUCAUCAGUGCAGGGAGAAAGAGGGCUGCCUGGACCUAAAGGGGACCCUGGAUCUAAAGGAGAUUCUGGUUUCCCUGGACUUCAAGGUGCUCCAGGACAUGCAGGACCUGAGGGUCCAAAAGGACAGAAAGGAAGCCAAGGGGAUCAUGGACUGGAUGGGCAAGCAGGCAUCAGGGGUCGUGAAGGCCCGCCUGGCCCCAGAGGUGAGGCAGGACCUCCAGGCUUUGGAGUGAAAGGUGACAGAGGUGCUCCUGGGGAUCCUGGGCCUGUCGGCCCGGCUGGACCAAAAGGCACAUCUGGAAUUCCUGGACUUUCUGGUGUACCAGGUCAACCAGGUGCUCAGGGUUUCCGUGGCGAGACAGGGCUACCUGGUCCCAAAGGUGACAGAGGGCUUGCUGGAUUCCAAGGACUUAAAGGUGAAGCUGGUGACACAGGUCUCAAAGGUGAUCCUGGUUUACCGGGUCUGCAAGGGCCAGCUGGAGAGAGAGGACUCAAAGGAUCAAUGGGGUUGUCUGGAGUCGAUGGAUUGAAGGGAUCAAAAGGUGACCAAGGUCAUGCCGGGCCCCCUGGACUCAGAGGUCCUGCUGGGCCUCCUGGAGAUGCUGCACUUCCAGGAACACCUGGUCUUCAAGGACCACCAGGGAUACCAGGGAAUCCAGGACGACCAGGCUCCAAAGGUGAAUCAGGUCAACCAGGAAGAAUCAUCAAUGCAGCUGGCUCCACUUCUAUUGGCAUCCCAGGACCACCUGGGCCUUCUGGUCCUCCCGGCCCUGCAGGACCUCCAGGAUUAUCAGGUCCCAUUGGCCCCGCUGGUCUGCCUGGCCAACCUGGUGCUAAAGGGGACAGGGGAUAUAAGGGAGAGCAGGGAGAACAAGUAAUAACAGCGAGAGAUUCAAGACAAGGACCUCCAGGACCACCUGGGCCUCCAGGUCAGCCAGGUUAUGGAAUUCCAGGACCCAAAGGAGACAAAGGAGAGGCGGGCUUUGCAUCCAGCUCUGGAACGUUUUAUACUGGACCACCAGGACCACCUGGGCCUUCUGGGCCUAAAGGAUCAACAGGUUCUCCUGGACCAAGAGGAUACCAAGGCGAACCAGGCCAACAAGGUGUGCCAGGCUCCCCAGGAAGACCAGGAAGCUCUGAGAGAGUGUCAACUUAUGGUGGAGGACAUGGGAUCCCUGGACCACCAGGUCCACCGGGACUUCCUGGACCACAGGGACCACAGGGAUUUAAAGGGGACACCGGAGCUCCUGGUGUUCCUGGCUUUUCAAGAGGCUCGGUCUCAGUCACCUCAGGCCCUCCUGGCCCUGCAGGUCCUCCUGGCCCUCCGGGCCAGCCGGGCUCCUUCGCUUCUUCCAGUGAGAUGCGACAGUACAUCACUGACUAUCUAAGUAGAAGCAGACAGUCUAGUAUCCCCGGACCUCCAGGUCCACCCGGGCCUCCAGGAAUCCCUGGAAGCUUUUCAGGCUCUAUUCAGGACAUCUCCACUCGUAUCAUUGCAUACCUGCAACGUUCGGACUCAGGCCUUAGCAUUGGUGUCCAGGGUCCUCCAGGACCACCUGGUCCUAUGGGCUAUGGAUCCCUGACGGUCAGCAGUCUCAUUGCCAUGCUUCAGAGAGAAGAUGUGAGGAGAUAUUUGUCAGGACCACCAGGGCCACCAGGACAACCAGGACAACCAGGACAACCAGGGACAUCGGCAGGAUUUUCAGGCAGUUAUAGUAUAGAGGAGAUAGCCACAUAUGUCUUCAAAAUCAUGAAUGAACGAGGCAUUGCUAGAGGUCCACCCGGGCCACCCGGUCCUGCUGGGCCUUCUGCUGCAGGGGGAUCUGGCAUCACUACUGCUACUAUUGACUAUUCUGCACUAAUAAAACAUUCAGACUUCCGCUCAUGGAUUAGCUCUGCCGUACAACGCGGUAAUCCUGGUCUUCCGGGUCCUCCGGGUGUCCAAGGGCAACCUGGCCCUCCCGGCCCUCAGGGCCCAGCUGGAGUCUCCACUGCCACUGUGUACGGGGGGGCGGGAGGUCGGGGCUACAGCUUGGAGGAAAUUCAGCGUUACCUGCAGGGUUCUGGGUUCAGAGGUCUUCCCGGCCCUCCUGGUCCUCAAGGUCCACAGGGUCCACAGGGUCCACCAGGCAGUUACAGCGGAUCCAUUUCCUACAGUGGAAACUUCCCUCGGGAGAGCAUCCGCACUGAAAUUCAGCAGUAUCUGACCAGUGACAGUGUUCGUCGUGCUAUCAUCGGACCUCCGGGCCAUCCAGGACCUCCUGGUCAGAAGGGAGAUCGCGGAGAGCCGGGUUACAUCCAGAGCCACACGCAGAGCCAGAGCUACAUUCAGGGUGAAUCUCAACACGGCUCCGAGCACAGAGAUAUCCAUGUCAGCAAGCUCACGCAGAAACUGGACCACUCCACCGUCGCCAACGUUGCAAUAAAAGUUACAGACUACAUCAAGAGUCAAGGCCUGCUGCAGGAGUACCUGGUUGAGGGUCCUUGGAGGGCGAAUGUACGAGCGAUUCAGGGCCCCCCUGGUCCACCUGGCCCUGUUGGACCACCUGGUCAGAGCCGCGUCAUCGGUUCCUACGGCAACGUCACAGCUGACCUCAUGGAGUUCUUCAGAACCUAUGGCACCAUCCCUGGAACUCCAGGAGGCCCUGGACCAAAGGGAGAGAGAGGGUACCCAGGACCCAGAGGAGAAAAGGGUGAUCCUGGGCACCAAGGUUUACCAGGAACACCAGGGCCAUACACUUUCCAAAUUCCACACACAGUGCAGAAGAGGGAUGCAGGCAAUAAUGUGGUUGGUCGUCAUCGUCAGCAUCGCCGUCACGCCAGCGGUGCCUAAACAUACUACUGGAUCAUGUCACAUUUCAUUUUUAUUUUUUUAGAUGUUCAACUGUAGCAAAUGCAACUAGGCAAAAUGCUCCUUAUUGUUGCUAUCUGUAGAAAAGUCACAGAACAAUUUGAGAAAAUUGAAGUGGCCAAAAAGUCUUUUUAAAAACAGCUUCAAGUAGAGUAGUAUGGAUUUAGCUGCUGGUCAGUGUCUUUGUCACACAGACUUCAUUCUUUUUGAUAUGUGGGUGUAUAAUGUUUACUUUGCUUAGUUAGAAGCUUGCAUUCAAACUUGUUUUGCUUUUUCUCCAGGGAGCAGCUUUGUUUAAGAGAAUAUCUAUUUUUAAGCAAUAAAUAGCUGAUCUUUUAAUUGCACUUUUCAUCUUUUCCCACUGCUUGUGUAACUUGAGGUGUACUUUUUUUAUUGUUUUUUGAGGAUUAUAUUGUAUUGAGGACUAUAUAAUACGUGUUUAAUUUGUCAAAGUAACCUUUCAAUGUUUCAUAGAAAUACAUUAUUGUCAGAUUAUCCACAUAAAUCAAGCCAACCUCCAGCUGUAAAGACCCCUUGAAGUAAUCCAUUCACCCCAUACAAAUUACAAAAGAUUUUACAUUUUUUAAAUAUAUAUAUAUAUAUAUAUAUAUAUAGCAAUGCAUCAUUAGCAGUCAGUGAGGGUCAUUUAUGCAGCAGGGAGUGAACUUGAUUACAGUAGGACUGAUGACUUACUUGAAAGGUUUGUUGGUAAAAAAAAUAAAUAAAUGUUGCAUGGUUGAAAGAGAUGAUCACUCAAGAAA